ACAGUUUCACGUGUACGUCUACCACCAAAACACAUUGCCGAGAGAGGUGCGAAUCACCCUGAAAUCGUCUCAUUUUCUCUGUUCCUUUCCAGCGGCACACAGUCAUAUCAUAUCUAUUGAUAUAAUACUAUUACAGCUUCAAAAUGAGGACAAUUUUAGCCUGCUUGUGCUUGAUGCUUGUUGCAUUUACGAAUGCAGAAGUAUAUUUCGAGGACCAAUUCGCCGACGCUAGUUGGGAAUCUCGCUGGGUAGAGUCUGUACACAAAGGCAGUGAUGCUGGAAAGUUCAAGUGGAGCGCUGGAAAAUUCUAUGGAGAUGCUGAGCAGGAUAAGGGUAUCCAGACCAGCCAGGAUGCAAAGUUCUACGGCCUCUCUGCAAAGUUCACAGACUUCAGCAAUGAGGGCAAGGAUCUCGUCAUUCAGUUCACCGUGAAGCACGAGCAGAAGAUAGACUGCGGAGGUGGCUACGCCAAGAUCUUCCCUGCCGACUUGGACCAGGAAGAUAUGCAUGGCGAUUCUCCUUACAACAUCAUGUUUGGGCCUGAUAUCUGUGGACCUGGCACUAAGAAAGUUCAUGUGAUCUUCAACUACAAGGGCAAGAACCUUCUCAUCAAGAAGGACAUCCGAUGCAAGGAUGAUGAAUUCACCCAUCUCUACACCCUGAUCGUCAAAUCUGACAACUCGUAUGAGGUCCGCAUCGACAACGAGAAGGCUCAAGCCGGCAACCUGGAGGAGGACUGGGACUUCCUUCCAUCCAAGAUGAUCAGGGAUCCUGAAGCUAAGAAGCCAGAGGACUGGGACGACAACGAGAGGAUCGACGAUCCAGAAGACACCAAACCAGAGGAUUGGGAAGUGGCCGAAUUCAUUGCCGACCCUGACGCAGAGAAGCCAGAGGAUUGGGAUGAUGAGAUGGAUGGAGAAUGGGAACCACCAAUGAUCAACAACCCAGAAUACAAGGGAGAAUGGGCACCUAAGAAAAUUGAGAACCCCAACUACAGCGGAAAAUGGGUACAUCCAGAGAUUGAGAACCCUGAGUAUGAAGCCGAUGAAAACCUUUACAGCUACCCAAGCUUUGGAGCUAUUGGCUUUGAUUUAUGGCAGGUUAAAUCUGGGACGAUUUUUGACAACGUUCUUAUAACAGACGAUCUUGAAGAAGCAGAGAAACAAGCAAAGGAUUUAUUUGAAGUCACAAAGGUAGCAGAAAAGAAAAUGAAAGAUGAGCAAGAUGCGGAGGAGAGGAAACAGCGAGAGGAGGAGGAUAAGAGGAGGAAAGAAGAGGGAGGCGAUGAUGAAGAAGGUGAUGAAGACGACGAAGACUUGGAUAUGGAUGAUUUAGAUCUGGACAUGGGUGAUUUUGAAGAGGAGGAGGAGGAAGAAGAGGAAGAGGAAUUGCAAAGGGAUGAAUUGUAAAAUGAUCCUUGGACUAAAAAGAGACUUUCAUACAUCAAAGGGAGAUUCUUGCGCAAAGAUUAAUUAUUCCUUGGUUUAUCAUGAUUGAACAUGUGGGAGGGGGAAAGUUAGACGGUUUUGGGGAGGGGGUGAGGGGAGUGCACUUCAUUUACAUUCAACCUACUUUUGUAUAGCAAACUUCGAAAUAUUUUAUCAACUUCAAAAUAUUUUCUUACAGAACCAAGUACUAAUAUUCAGUGGUAGGUUCCUUCAUUGUAAGUAAGUCUGGGUUUUUGAUGUCGAUGCUGGGAAUGGACCGCAAGUGUCCAUGUUGCUCUAGAGGUGGGACGUAUGAUUUGUAAACUUUGUGACGUUCUUGCUCAAGAAGUUGUUACCCUCUAAUAACACGAACAAAAAAUAUUCUCAGUUCUUUUAUACCUGUUACAGAUUAUUCUCAAUUCUUUUAUAACUGGUACAGAUCAUUCAGAUGCAUCCAAAUUUCAAAUUUCCUGUGUGAAAUAUGGGAUUAUAGGCUGUAGGAUUGAUGAGAAAUAUGUUCAUUUAAGAUAUCAAAAUGACUGAUUGGAUAUUAUGAUGGUCCAUUUCUACAGUGAUACUAUUAAAAAAGAUGUUUCUUUGUAUGGAAUAAUGGUAAAUGGCAUCAUCGCAUCGGGGGACAUUUUAUUGGUCUUUAUUGGGGAUUUGGAAGUUUACAUCACUUAUUUUCUUUUUUUCUGAAAGAGCAAUACUUGUUAAAUUAUUAUCACAUUUAUUGUCAUGGCAAUUUUUCCAUGUUAUAUGAAUCAUGUAAUUUCUGGCACUUUGCUUUCUCUCCAGAGGAUGAUAACCUCUUAACCAGUGAUUUUUUGUACUGUUGGGAUAGUGAUCACUGCAACUCUCAUUAAUGUAUCAUUUCUACAUUAAGAAGAUGGGAGUAAUGUAUGCGCCUUUUUCGUUAUGCAUCCCAUUCAGAUUUUUGUCUUCUGCAAUUGUCCAAUUUUUUUAUGCGUGAUUGUUCUUUAUUGAAUUACAGAUCUGUGAUGACCUUUUUAAUGAUCUUAUCACAAAGGUUUACAUUUUAGUGUACCAUUUUAACUUCAGAAAAAGGACUCUAAAUUUGUGAUACAUAUAUUCCCCAUAAUUCAUGGUAUUUUCUUGUGUUUUAGAACUAGAAAUUCUGUUGGGUCUCACUUGACCGAUAUUUCAUUUUAUUUUCUGUGUUGUGAUUGCAGGAGAAUAAUUUUAUGUAGGUAUUUAUGUUAGUUUUUCUUCUUUUUUUAAAUUUGUCUACCAAUCGCUGAGAGGUUAUCUAUUGAACAAGCUGCAUUGUUCUGAUUCAUUCAUGAAUAAAAUUUUAUGUUAGUCUGGGAACUUGUCCCAAAAUAUAGUCGCCCCAUUUCACCCAUAAGAUUCGACCCCUCAAAGUUUCUUAGACCAGUAGCUGUAGAGUUUAGCCCCCAGAGCCCCUGAAACAGAUGCCAAAGUUGGGUCUGUUUUGGGGCUUUGGGGGUUGAACCCCACUGCUAUGGUUGGACUGAUGACCAAUUUGUUAAUUGUCUUUAGUAACUUUGAGGGAUUAAAUCUUAUGGGUGAAAUGGGGCCACUAUUUCAUGGCAGGCUCCUUGCCUGAAAAGAGAAAAUAUAUGAACUGUUCUUUUGUUUUCAUAAUAAAUGGUAUUGUGAUCAUUGAUGAUGCAGCA